UUCUUUUUCCUUUCUCACAUUUCAGUAGCUCUAUUCAAUGCCCUGUAGGUUUUCGCACGUGUUUAUAUUUUGUUGCACGGUAUUGUGUCCGUUUUUGAAUUCAUGUUUUUAAUGCUUUAGUUGUCUUUACCAAACUUGUUUUGAUUUGAUAUAAAAAUGGCAGUUAGAGUGCAAUUUGAAAAUAAUAAUGAAAUUGGAGUAUUUAGUAAAUUAACUAAUGCAUACUGUUUAGUUGCAAUUGGCGGUUCAGAAAAUUUUUACAGUGUUUUUGAAGCAGAAUUAGCAGAAACUAUACCAGUAAUUCAUGCUUCUCUAGCAGGGUGUAGAAUAAUUGGAAGGAUGUGUGUUGGUAAUAGACAUGGGCUUCUUGUCCCAAAUACAACAACAGAUACUGAGCUUCAACAUCUUAGGAAUUCUUUACCCGAUUCUGUAAAAUUACAAAGGGUAGAAGAAAGAUUAUCAGCCCUAGGAAAUGUAAUUACCUGCAAUGAUUAUGUAGCCCUCGUUCAUCCUGAUCUUGACCGAGAAACUGAAGAAAUUUUGUCAGACACACUGAAUGUUGAAGUAUUUCGACAAACUGUAGCUUCAAAUCUUUUAGUUGGAUCAUAUUGUGUUUUGUCAAAUCAAGGUGGGCUAGUUCAUCCGCAAACCUCUUCUCAAGACCAAGAUGAACUUUCUUCAUUAUUACAAGUUCCUCUAGUUGCAGGAACAAUAAAUAGAGGAUCAGAAGUUAUCGCAGCUGGGAUGGUUGUAAAUGAUUGGGCAGCAUUUUGUGGUUUGGAUACCACAUCUACCGAAAUUUCUGUAAUUGAAAGCGUUUUUAAGUUAAAUGAAGCUCAGCCCGCCACAAUUACUACGACAAUGCGUGCUUCGCUCAUUGACAGUAUGGCUUAAACCAAUUUAGCAAGCUGUAAAGAAGAAGCAUUUAACGCCUAAGAAAGUGACAAUUAAAUGUUUUAUUAAAGGAUGUAUCGUGCAAUGAUAUAUAAUUUUUUUUAAUAUGCACUUGAAGAUGUUUCAAACACAUUCAUAUGAUGAUAGAAAUGGAAGGUUGAUUAAAUUGUGAUGCUAUUAAUGUAUAUUUACUCAAUAAUUAUAAUUGUUAACAAUUAUACUCAAACAAAUUACUUGUAGAAAUAAAAAACAUUAUAUCAACCACAACAAACCCCACUGUCAAUUUUCCCUUGAUCUUAAUGUCUCAAAGAUAUUCAUUCUAUUCAUAAUAAAUCUUAAAUAUAGAUAGCAUUGGUUAGUAGUUCAAAUUAACAUAUGAUUCACUGUAAAACCUAUUUGAGAUCGAAACCAUAUGUAUAGUUAAAGCCAACAUAGUAAUGACACUUUUACUAUUGUCCAUCCUUCAAAUUUCAAUAAUAAAAUUGAGUUACAUCGCAA